CUGUGUUUAUUAGGGGAAGGAGGGCGGAGGCGGAGGCCAGUUCCCCAGUUCCAGUCGCCGUCGUCUGCACUGUUGCAGCCGCCGCCUCCCACCAGCUCGCUCAAGGAAAGGGAACGCGCACGAGCUCGGGCAUCCCCGCCCCAGUCUUUCCCCGGAACCAUGAACCCUAACUGCGCCCGGUGCGGCAAGAUCGUGUACCCCACGGAGAAGGUGAACUGUCUGGAUAAGUUCUGGCAUAAAGCAUGCUUUCACUGCGAAACCUGCAAGAUGACCUUGAACAUGAAGAACUACAAGGGCUAUGAGAAGAAGCCGUACUGCAACGCACACUACCCCAAGCAGUCCUUCACCAUGGUGGCCGACACUCCGGAAAACCUCCGCCUCAAGCAACAGAGCGAGCUGCAGAGUCAGGUGCGCUACAAGGAGGAGUUUGAGAAGAGCAAGGGCCGAGGCUUCAGCGUGGUGGCAGACACACCCGAGCUGCAGAGGAUCAGGAAGACCCAGGACCAGAUCAGCAAUAUCAAAUACCAUGAGGAGUUUGAGAAGAGCCGCAUGGGGCCCAGUGGAGGUGAAGGUGUGGAACCAGAGCGCAGAGAGCUCCAGGACAGCAGUGGCUACCGGAGGCCACCAGAACAAGAGCCUCAGCCUCACCACAUCCCGACCAGUGCCCCAGUUUACCAGCAGCCCCAACAGCAGCAGGUGACCCCAUCAUAUGGUGGCUACAAGGAGCCUGCGGCUCCUGUCUCCAUACAGCGCAGUGCCCCAGGUGGUGGUGGGAAACGGUACCGUGCAGUGUACGACUACAGCGCCGCCGACGAGGACGAGGUCUCAUUCCAGGAUGGGGACACCAUCGUCAAUGUGCAGCAGAUCGAUGAUGGCUGGAUGUAUGGGACCGUGGAGCGCACCGGUGACACGGGGAUGCUGCCAGCCAACUACGUGGAGGCUAUCUGAGCCCUGUGCUGUCCAACCCUCUGUCUUCAAUGCAUUCCAUGGCAUUACAUCUGUCCUGGGGUCUGACCCAUCCACCCUUCAGUGUCUCUGUCUUUUAAGAUCUUUGACUACUUCUUUGUCCCCGCCCCUCCUCUAGCUGCUUUGGCCAACCCAAGCCUUGUUCUGCCACUGUUAUGGGCUCCUUCCUCUGGCAGGCUUUCCCUUGGACCAACCAACUGAUUGAUUUUUUUUUUUCCUCUCUCUCUCUCUCUCUUUCUGGAGGAAACAGGCUGAGCACUCUGGGGAGGGCAGGAUUGUUCUGAGGAGGGUGGGCUCACAGGGCUGAAAUGGGAGACCCAGUAAGGAGAUAAGUUAGGUGGGGUGUAGUCGCACAUGCCUUUGAUCCCAGCACUCAGGAGGCAGAGGCAGGAGGAGCUCUGAGUUCGAGGCCAGCCUGGUCUACAUCAUGAGUUUCAGGACAGCCAGAGCUAU